AUGUUUGCUAAUACACAACCAAAUUUAAGUCUACUUUUGGGGCAACAAUUUUUAAAUAAUUUAAAUUCAAAUAAUCAAAAUAUAUCAUCACAAAUCACUUCGCCAUUACCAGAAACUUCAAAGGCAAACUCUAUUGAUAUGUUUUCAAUGAAUCCAUUUUUACUUAAUGCAAAUUUAAAUGUGUCUCCUGAUAUGAAUCUUCUAUACCAGAUGCUUCAAUUACAGAUUUUGACAAAUUCUCAGAAUAUGUUAAAAAGUGAUAAUUCUCAAGGAACAUUAAAAUUAGAUGAGGAAAGUAAAAGUAUCUCACCAUUAUCAGUGACUCCAUUACCAUCAUCAUCAUCAUUAUCAUCAAAUAAAGGUAAAAAGCGUUCAAAUAAUGAUAAUAAUAUUGGACCUAAAGAGAAAAAGUCAAGGCAAAUAAGAAAGAUAAUUGCAGCAGAUACAGAAACAAAUUCACCAGUUAGUGGUAUGUAUAUUAAAGAUGCCAGUGAAUUGAGUGCUGAAGAUUUACAAAAAGCUGCUGAUAUUGAUGAGACAGCAGCAUAUGUAGAGAUUUCAGAGGAAUCAAGAAGAGAAAUUGCAAAGAUACAUGAAAAAGAUACUAUUGGUGAUUCAAUAUGUGCUUUGUGUAAAGUUAAAUUUGAAGAUGUAUUUAAACUUGCAAUGCAUAAAUGUCCAAGAAUUAUGCAUGAAGAGUAUCGUUGUGAAUGUAAUAAAGUAUUUUCAUGUCCAGCUAAUCUUGCCUCACAUAGAAGAUGGCACAAACCAAAAUCAAAUUAUUCAUCACCAUCACCACAAAGUUUAUCACAAACUUGUGAAGAAUGCCAUGAAACUUUUGACUCAAAACGUGCUUUAAAAAAACAUACAUGUUCAAGAUCAAGAUCUCUCUCAAAUACAUCAAUUUCAUCAAUUCUUAAUACACCUUCAACAUUGAAUUCAAAUCAAACAUUAAAUUUUGAAACACUUAACUCAACUGUCACUGAUGGAAUUAACCUGCUAGCCAGCUGUCUUGGACUAGCUUAA